AUUCUCUCUCUCUCUUCACUCACCCUCACCGCAAAAAUCUCCUUUUGAGAGCGGGAAAAAGAAAACUCUGCUCUUCAUUUCUCAACAGGUGAAUUAGGUUUUCUUUUUUUUGCUGAAUAAUAAAUCAAAAUGGCAAACCUAAUCGAUAAAGAUCAAGAAUGGCUACUCAAUUGCCUGAAUGCCACUCUCGAUCCUAACCAGGAAAUCCGUUCCUUGGCCGAAGUUUCUCUUCGCCAAGCCUCUCUUCAACCAGGUUUUGGAGUGGCAUUAUCAAAAGUUGCUGCGAACAAGGAACUUCCUUUUGGAUUGCGUCAGCUAGCUGCCGUACUAUUGAAGCAAUUUAUCAAGAAACAUUGGCACGAAAGCGAGGAGUCCUUCGAGCCGCCUGCUGUUGCAAUUGAAGAGAAGGAAGUUAUACGGAGCCUUCUUUUACCGUCGUUGGAUGAUUCUCAUCGGAAAAUGUGUACUGCAAUUAGCAUGGCUAUUGCUUCGAUUGCUGUUUAUGACUGGCCUGAGAAUUGGCCUGAUUUAUUGCCGUUUCUUUUGAAGUUGAUUAACGAUCGAACUAAUGUGAGCGGAGUGCAUGGAGCUCUAAGGUGUCUGGCUCUUCUCUCUGGGGAUUUGGAUGAUACAGUGGUGCCAACACUAGUACCAGUUUUGUUCCCAUGCUUGCUUACAAUUGUAUCGUCACCUCAGAAUUAUGACAACUACUUGCGUAUGAAAGCCCUUACAAUAGUUUAUUCUUGCGUGUCUGUGCUCGGGAUCAUGAGUGGUGUAUAUAAGACAGAAAUCAGUGCCUUGAUAACACCAAUGCUUAAACCAUGGAUGGAUCAGUUCUCUGUUAUCUUAGAACCGCCUAUGCAACCUGAAGAUCCUGAUAAUUGGAGCUUGAGAAUGGAGGUUUUAAAGUGCUUGAAUCAGUUUGUUCAGAAUUUCCCUAGCCUUACUGAAAGUGAAUUCAUGGUGAUAGUUGGACCCUUGUGGCAAACAUUUGUAACAUCUCUAAGUGUGUACAUGCGGUCAUCAAUUGAAUGUACAGAAGAUCCCUAUGGAGAUAGAUAUGACUCUGAUGGUGCUGAGAAAAGUCUUGAUGCAUUUGUCAUCCAGCUUUUUGAGUUUUUGUUGACCGUUGUGGGCAGUGCAAAAUUAAUGAAGGUAGUUAAGAAUAACAUCAAGGAGUUGGCAUAUUACACUUUAGCUUUCCUGCAAAUGACAGAACAACAAGUUCAUACUUGGUCAAGGGAUGCAAACCAAUUUGUUGCUGAUGAGGAUGAUGCUACUUAUAGCUGUCGUGUUUCUGGUGUACUUUUGCUAGAGGAGGUGGUGAAUUCUUUUGGCAGUGAAGGAAUUUAUGCUAUUAUAGAUGCCAUGAGAGAGAGAUUCAAUGAGUCUGAACGAGAAAAGGCUGCUGGUUCAGCAGCUUGGUGGCGAAUAAGGGAGUCCAUCCUCUUUGCUUUGGCUGAUCUCUCAGACCAAUUGCUUGAUGCAGAGGCAUCAGGGAUGAUCAGUGUGAAUUUAGGAAACCUUGUAGAGCAGAUUGUCACUAUAGAUGUUGGAACAGGGGUGCAUGAAUAUCCCUUUCUUUAUGCACGUAUUUUUACAUCAGUUGCUAAGUUCUCCUCUGUGAUCAGCCAUGGAGUUCUCGAGCAUUUCCUCCAUGCUGCUGUCAAGGGAGUUGGCAUGAAUGUGCCUCCACCUGUGAAGAUGGGUGCUUGUCAGGCACUUUCUCAACUCCUGCCUGAAGCUAACAAAGAAAAUAUUCAGCCUCAACUGAUGGGCUUGUUUUCAUCUCUCACAGAUCUUCUUCAUCAGGCAUCUGAUGAAACAUUACACCUGGUGCUUGAAACACUGCAAGCAUCUAUUAAGGCAGUUCGUGAAGCAGCAGUAUCAUUCGAGUCUGUUGUCUCACCUGUAGUUCUUAAUACAUGGGCAUUGUAUGUUUCUGAUCCUUUUCUCAGUAUUGAUGCCAUUGAGGUUCUGGAGGCCUUGAAAAAUGCUCCUGGUGGUAUUCAUCCAUUGGUUUCUCGAAUUUUGCCGCAUAUCGGACCAAUAUUAAAUAAACCUUACCAGCAGCCUGAUGGAUUGGUGGCCGGAUCACUUGAUUUGGUGACUAUGCUAUUAAAGAAUGCUCCAAGUGACGUCAUAAAAGCCAUAUAUGAUACUUGCUUUGAUGCUGUUAUUCGAAUAGUCCUUCAAAGUGAUGAUCACAGUGAAAUGCAGAAUGCCACACAAUGUCUGGCUUCAUUUAUAUCCGGGGGGAGAGAAGAAAUACUUUCUUGGGCUGCUGAUUCUGGAUUCACAAUGAGAAGUUUGCUUGAUGCAGCUUCAAGGCUUCUCGACCCUGGUAUGGAAAGCUCUGGAUCUCUUUUUGUUGGGAGUUACAUUUUGCAGCUUAUUUUACAUCUACCAUUGCACAUGGCAAUGUAUAUCCGAGAUCUAGUUACUGCUCUUGUUAGACGAAUGCAGUCAGCUCAAAUAGUGGGGUUGAAAAGUUCAUUAUUGCUUAUUUUUGCUAGAUUGGUCCAUAUGAGUGUUCCUCAUGUUGAACAAUUUAUUGAUAUGCUGAUUGGUAUACCAGCUGAAGGCUAUGAAAACUCCUUUGUUUAUGUGAUGUCAGAAUGGACUCAGAAGCAAGGCGAGAUUCAAGGGGCUUAUCAAAUUAAGGUCACAACCAGUGCUUUGGCCUUGUUGCUAUCCACUAGGCACGCUGAAUUGAAUAAAGUUAAUGUGCUAGGACAUCUAAAGUCUGCUGCAGGAAUUACCACUCGGUCAAAAGCUAAAUUGGCCCCUGAUCAGUGGACUUUAGUGCCUCUUCCUGUAAAGAUAUUGGCUUUGCUGGCAGACACCGUGAUUGAAUUCCAAGAACAGGCAAUGGCUGAUGAUGAGGAGAGCGACUGGGAAGAAAUUCAAGGAGGGGUGGCAGAGUCUAAUGAUAGUUUGCUGUCCUCUGCUGCUGCUCCAUCAUUCGGCAGAACUACAUAUGGCCAACUUGAAGCAAUGGCGAAAGCAUAUAAUGAGAAUGAAGAGGAUUGGGAUGAUGAUGAUCUAUUGAGUGUUUCCGAUCAGCUCAAUGGGAUUAACUUGGUAAAUUAUCUUGCGGACUUCUUUGCAAAGUUCGUUCAUAGCAACAGACAGCUGUUUGAUCAUCUUUGCCAGAGUUUGGCACAGGCUCAACGUGAUGCUAUACAGACAUUGCUACGAUGCUGAGCUGCGUGUUUGGGGUUCCAUGGAUAGGGUUUUCUUAUGUUUGAAAGAGUUGAGUUUGAACCUGGGCCCUUUAUUGUGGGGGAGAGCACAGCUGCUAAUGAGGCCAUGCUUCCACCACACCAGGGUUGAUUAUUGGGUGCUAGGGUUUUUUUCCUUUGCUUUUUGUUUUUUUCCCCUCUUUGUUGGGUUGGGGGCGUUCGGGUUGAUUCUAUUCAUUGACUGAGAUAACUUCCACCAGUUGCUUUGUAAAGCUAACGUGUCACUUUAUUUUUAAUGUAUAUACUUUUCUUUUCAUGUAAAGUUUGAUUCUUGUUUCAGAAACUUA